AGGGUGAGAGGUCAGUGGCGUUAUCUGUGAGACCCCAUAAGUCGUUGGAGUUAUCGGACGAUAAAAAUUAUUUCCUGACGUGUGAACAGUCGGGGUAUAGGAAUGUGCGAGGGGGCACAUAUAAAGUGACACUAAAGCUCACGGAUAUGAGUGGACAGAGAGUCGGACGUGUAAUACACGGAAACACCUAUAUAUUACGGGCACAGCUCACACCAUACGAUAGCAUAACAUCCUUACGGAUCAAAAACUGUUUCGCAUUUACGGACGGGGAGGAUGACCAGGUUCAGCUUAUAGACGCAUAUGGCUGUCCCCUCACGGAUGACCUCAUCUCCCAAUUCACGUACAAUACCUCACAGACAGCCGAAGCCAUUCUCUACGAAAUGUUCAAAUUCCCGGACACUAACAAACUCAACAUCCAAUGCGAUGCCAUUCUAUGUCGGGGCGGGUGUCAGGAGCCGGUGUGCGACUCACCCGGGUUUAAGGGCCGGGACCUGGCGCUGGACGGCUACUCACAACUGUCUGCCUCUACGUCACUGUUUGUCUUCGAGCCCACCGACGAUUCACUGACUCUGGAAAACCUAUCGGAGUGUACGGAAUGGCGGUUCCCAUGGCUUAUAACGCUAUGCAUAGUAUUAGCGGUGCUAUUGCUGCUGAUGUUACUGUUAAACAUGUUUAUGUGUUCAUCCCUGUCCUGCCGGUGCAUUAAGACUGAGAUUGUGGAACAGGAGCCGGACGAGACCAUUGAGGAGUACGACCCAUACCGGGCCGACUGGACGGCUCCCAACUCCCGGUACGGCUCCCAGAAGUCACUGAACAAGCCGUACGACUCGACCCUAAAGUCAAACAAAUCUCACAAAUCGUAUCUUUCGGGCGACGGUUACGACAACGAGGAGUACGUACCGGACCGUCAGUUCUCUACACUCCAGACCUCCGGGCGUCGGUCUCCCGGACCCCCACUGUCCACGUACUCCACCACCCGAUCCCUGAAGUCCAACAAAAGUGGAAAACAAAAGCCAAUCAAAACCAUAGAAAUUGAUUACUCUAUGGAUAAUAAAAAUCCGUAUAAUUUCUCCCGGCGUUAG